AUGUCGGUGUCAUCUACGUACACGUUUGAUCACUCAAGUCCUAUGCCUUCUCACUCACCGGUAAAUAUGUCGGGUGGCUCGGAUCUGAACAAAGAUGCGGAGGAGACGCACUGUGGUCACGGCGAUUUACGAGGAGUUCUGGGCUUGUUUGUGCAAGCUUUGUUAGCGUUUUUGGCCUUCACUUCUUUGAUCGUGAAGCGGUAUUGUGAGCCAAAACAUUCCAGACGGCCUUGGAAGAUUUGGUUUUUUGACACGUCUAAACAAGGUGUUGGAGCAGCCGUGCUUCAUUUUGCCAACCUGUUCCUUUCUGACGUGUUUGCAGGAGACCCUUGUACAUGGUACUUCAUCAGUUUUCUGUUGGACUCAACUGUGGGACUACUGGUGAUCUACCUUGGUCUGAAGUCAUGCCAGCUGCUGGCACAUCGAUAUGGCUGGAAAACUUUAUACUUUGGCGAAUAUGGUGACCCAGCACGAUGUGACGCCUGGGUAGGCCAGUGUGCUCUGUACAUCUUAGUGAUGAUUGUAACCAAAAUACUCAUGACACUACUGGUCCUGUUCAAGUUUUGGACUGACGUGAGGAAAUUUUUAAUGGAUCCGAUCAGCAAUCCAGAGCUGGAGAUAGUUAUUGUCAUGUUUAUGGUUCCUCUGGUUGUUAACGCCAUUGUGUUUUGGGUAGUUGACAAUUUCCUCAAACAGUCUAUACAGAACACAAAGUCCAUCUACAUCAACUCCAGCGUCAAUGAGGGUCGAGUGAAGUAUUUCCACAACUCGGACUCCCUAAAAUGCUACAGUCGGAUAGAGCCCACCGAGGAUCCCGACUGUGAUAUGUUGCUCUCCGCUGAGGAUGACGUGGAAGCCAGACAUCGAACCACUGAUUCCUUGGAUCGAUUCACAAGAUGA